UUCAAUAUUGAUUAUACGGUUGGGCUAAGCAAGUUUGUUUUUGUAUGAAAUAUGUCUUGGAUCUCCCUCUGAUUGGUAUCUGAACAGAUAGGAACUAUUUGUACAAAUGGGAAAAACAAAGAAACAGCAAAAAAGUGAAAAACCCAGUAAAGUAAAACAUUCCAGCACGUUUAAACCACACUCAAAAAAGAAGUCAAAAGGGCCUAAGAAAGGAAAGGGUAUUAGUAGCUCCAUGUUGGAAAAUGUGUUGGAUAAACAAGAAAACUUUUAUGGUAAAAGAAAGUCAACUUCUGUAAAACAUCUGAAGAAAAGUAAAAAUCAAAAUUUACAAGCUUCAGAAAAGUUUAAAAAUCCAGGACAAAGUGCUUUCACUGUGUUGCGAGGGGGUGUGUCAGAUGAGACAGGCCAGAAAAAUAAAUCUGCUGGUGAGAGCCAAGCAGAGAGGAAAGGUCCAGCUCAAAAUAAGUCAAAGGAAAAACUAAGUACUAAGAAAAGUAAAGUGAAGCAGAGUGUUUCUAGACAGAAUUCAGCAGAGCAAAAUACAGAGACUUCCACUUCCAGUGUAGCCAGCUUACCUGUGCCAUCUUCAGAUAAAAAAAUUUGUAAUAGUUUUAAGUUCAUUGGUGUGAACAUUGAGAGUCCUGAUAUAGAGUCAGGAGAGAGUAGUCGAAAGAGGAAAAGAAAAAAAAGUGUGAAACUGCAUCAAAAGGGGAAAACAGAAGAGUCCUCAGGACAAAACUUAAAAGAUAAGAGUCACAUUAAGAAAAAGGGAAAGAAAAGAAAAAUGGAUGAAAAACUUAAUGAAGGCAUCAAAAACAAAGAGAAGAUACAAGAUGAUUCUACUACAAAAAAGAACAAGACUUUAAAAGACUCACCCAGACAAUCAGGGGCAGACAACCCAGCAGGGGAGGAGUCCCUCCCAGAGGUGAUUAAUCUGAUUGAGUCUGAUUCUGAGAUUUCAGACAGUGACUUCUCUGUUGUUGAUCUCACUCUAGAUGAUACUGAAAACGAGGCUGUGAACUUUGAACAAAACCAAGAUUUUGAAACCCACACAGUUCCAGAGGAGAGGCAAGCUUUAAAUGGGGAAGAAAUGAGUACAAAUGCUGAGUGUUUGAGUGUAGAGGAUGUGGAAAGUGACAAAAUUACUCACAUAAAUAACAGAACAGACUCUGAAGAGGUGGAAGUAGGGUCAGGGCAAGAACAACACAGAUCUAGAGCUUUGGCCGCCUUUGAUGGACAGGUGCUUGUUGUAUUACCUAACCCAGGUGUGUACUGUUACCUGGGUAGGUGCUUCUUAAAAUGUCUCCACGGAGGGGCUGCAGUACUGGGGUACCAGUUAACUGACCAGUUUGAGGCUUUCUACUCCCCAUCUUGUAGCAGUCUGUUGACCAUCACCACCAGUGAGAAACUGUCAAAGGAGGAAGAAAAGGUGACAGAAUCAGAGUCCAACAGAAAAAAGAAAUCUAAGUUCAAGAGAAAAAGCAGAGAGAUAUUAACAGAACAGGAGAGUGUGGAGAAGAUAUACUCAGACUGGUUAUUGUUGAGUAAGGAUAUGGAGAAAUUACCCAGGGAGAAAGUGACCAUACUGCUGGCCAGGAAGAUGGAGUCUAAUGUCUGUGACUACAUCUCCACUUUUAAGGCAUUUCAUAAACUCUGGGAUAAUCCUGUUACUAAUCAACAGAGAACACAGGAUCUCGGGACUGAUGACCUUAAAUUGAACUCUGUAGGACUGACCUUUAUUCCUGACACUGCAGAGGUUGCUAGGCAACACGUUUCACAGCAGCAGAUGGAGUUAAUCCAGAGAUGGGAUGAUCUUCUGAGCUCUGAUCCGGCUCCAAUAGUUAUGGUAGUGGGUGGAAAAAACGUGGGUAAAUCUACCCUUAACAGAUAUCUUGUUAACCAUACUUUAAACAAAAGGUCAGAGUUAUGUUACUUGGAAUGUGACAUUGGGCAGACAGAAUUCACUCCCCCUGGUUGUAUUAGUUUACAACUUGUUAAUGGUCCAAUUUUAGGUCCACCAUUCACACACCAGAAAAUACCCAAAAUUUGUUAUUAUUAUGGUGGUUUGACUGCCACAGACAACCCUAAUUUGUACAUGGAGUGUAUCAGAAAAUGUUUGCUGGAGUACAGGAAAUUAGAGAAAACUAGGGAGACAGGGCUCCCUCUUGUGGUCAACACAAUGGGGUGGAUCGAAGAUCUUGGACUGGAGCUUUUGAUCAGUGUAAUUAGAAUGACCCUGCCUAGUCUCCUGGUCCAGAUUAACUUCAGCAACAACAAGAUGAACGCUGCUCCCCUCACCCCGGAGUUUGUUAACGACAGACAGGGCUGGGUCAGGCACUCUAGGUAUUACAGGAGUCAUUAUAUGCUGGAUAUACUGGGAGAUACUAACCACUCAUUGGUCAGAUUGGACUCGCCCACAAAUGUUGUCAGAUGUCGGAAUCAUUGGAAACCAUUUGAGCUGCGUGAUCUAGCGGUGAUCAGUUACAUGAGCUCUACACUCAGUAAGGACUCGAGCCUGAGUCUGGAGACACCAUACGGAGUCCCGUGGGAGGACAUGGCUAUCAAUAUCUGUAAGAGAGGAGUUCCGAGAGAAGAGUGGAUGGCAGCCAUUAAUGCCACAAUUGUAGGUCUGGCUCAUGCAGAUCUGACAGAGGCAAGAAGAGAGAAGGAAGGGGAGCCAUAUUUUUUUGAGAGCACACCACUCUGCUUAUGCAUUGGAUUUGGUAUGGUCCGAUCCAUUGAUACUGUGAAGAAGAUGAUCUAUAUAACAACACCACUGAGUCUCGUAGAUCUAGUCAAUGUCAACACGAUCAUCAGGGGCUCCAGUAAUGUCCCACAGCAAAUAUUUACAGAACAAAUUACCAAGGAAGUCCGAGAAAUUCCGUAUGUGAGUAGGAUAACAUCCACUUGGGCAUCCAAGAAUCCUCGACAGAGAAAACACAUUCCAUCAAAAUCAAGGAAAAAAGUGACAGAGACUAGCAUUGGUGACUGAAUGGCUGAGAGGGAAAG